AUGCCGCGCCCGGAGCCGGCAGAGCCGACCCCGAUCGUAGCACCCGGAGCGGGGGGUAAUUUCGCCCUGAGGCAACAGAAUCAUCUGAGAGGGCAAACCCCCUCAGACUUUCCGAAAGAAAGAGUUCAUGCAACUACAACAAUCAUUUUAUCGUCGGGUGGCACGGCCCUGGACGCAUGGCUUGUGACGGCCGACAACCGCCGGCACGAAGGCACGCCGCGACCCGCGGGGACCCGGCCGCAGCGCAUGUUCGAAACACGCGUCACGGACGGCUCCCCGACGACUCGGGGCGGGUCGACGUGCGGGCGGAAAGGAAACGCUCUGCGACCGAACUCCAUCGAAUCCCAGAGGCGUUCCCGAGUAUUUAUGGUUCAUGCAGCUACCAAAUUAAGGGUGUUUACCGUCCGAAACACGGUUUCGGACGCAUAG